UUCCCAACCAAUCAGAGCACUUGGAAAUACAUAUCUGAACACUGCACUCGCCCACUCAGGUCAGAGCCUUAUCAUCGUCUGAUGGGAGAGGACGCAUGUUUCUGAGGAAUUUUUAUUGUUGAUCGUAGCACUGAACAUUGUGCGUGCAUCGAAAUGAAUAAUGGAGACUGGACCAGACAGUCUGUUUGUGACUCUCCUGUUUCUCCUCCACAGUUCACUCUCUGAGUCAGAGAGGUUUGAGGUUCUUGGUCCAACUGAUCCCAUUGUUGCUGUAGCUGGUGAUGACAUCAUUCUGCCCUGUCACCUCAAACCCAACAUCAGCGCUGAGGACAUGACAGUGGACUGGCUGAACCUGGACUUCAAAGAUGGUCGUGUCUUUCGUUACCAAAACAGAAAAAUCAUACGAGAGGAUCAGAUUCCCUCCUACAAAGAAAGAACUUCACUGUUUCAAGAAGAACUCUGGAGGGGAAACACCUCUUUGAAACUGACCAGGGUACAAGGCACUGAUGAGGGACAUUACAAAUGUUUUAUUAAGGCAAAGAGCUGGUAUGAUGAUUUCACUGUUCAAGUCCUCGUUAAAGCUGUAGGAUCCAAGCCAGUGGUGUCCUUUGAGGGACACAGAGAGGGAGGGAUGGGUCUGCUGUGUGAAACAGAAGGCUGGCACCCUCAGCCUGAGCUGGUGUGGUGGGACAGUAAAGGAGUCCAUCUCUCUGCUGGUCCUCCUGAGAUAGAUAAAGACUUCAAGGGAUUCUACAGAGUCAAACAACAUGUCAUUGUCCAGGAGACUGACACCAACCGCUUUACCUGCAGAGUCCAACAGAGCAGGAUCAAUGAGAAGAUGGAGACAGAGAUUCACCUCCCUAGUGAGUUGUUUCAUCACACUAGCCCAUGGAGAAUGGCCUUCAUUGUGUUAUGCUGUGUGGGAGCCUUCACUGUGAUUGGGUUAUCUCUGGCUAUCUUCUGGAUAAACAGUAAGAAAGUUGACCUCACUGAGAAUGAGGAUGUUAACCUCAGUAGGAUGCUAGAUGUCCUCAGGAAGGAGAAGGUUAACCUCAAGAAACUCUGGGAGCAGAAUGAUGACAUCAAAAAUAAGCUAGAUGAACACAAGGAUAAGUUAGAUGACCUCACUAAGAUGCUAGAUGUCCUCAUGAAGGAGAGGGAUGAAACCGAGGGACUCUGUAACCAGAGUGAGGGAACUCGUUAAGGUGAAGUAGGAUGUGACUCUAGACCAGGGAUACUCAAGUCCUAUUUGAGACGGACCGGUGACACACAUUUCCUAGGUGACAAAGGAUCAGAUGGAGAAUCAGCGUAGUAUCAACCCCCCAACUCACAACCCCACGCAAACUGUUCACACCCCUCUUGUUGGCGACGAGAACAUGUUGCAGUUUUAAAGCUGAUUUCCUGCAAUUCUACACAUUUUGCAUGGGGGCAGAGAUUUCUUUAGCUGUUUUAUAGCUGAUUUCCUGCAAUUCUCCACAUUCCUCCAUGUCUUAUGUGUGUUUAUAUGAUACCAGGGGUCAAAGCCCGACCUAUUAAAAAAAUAAAGAGCACAUUCUGCUCCUUCACUGAGAAACGCUCCAUUCUUCAUCCCUGGUAUUAUUGAUAGUCUCUCAGUGGUCAUCUGUCCUGUAGACGUCACUGACUGACUGUUUUAAAACAAACCAGGCUGGUAUAAACAGUUAGCAAUAGGAGAGAGUUUAUUUAACCUUUAUUUAACUAGGCAAGUCAGUUAAGAACAAAUUCUUAUUUUCAAUGAAGGCCUAGGAACAGUGGGUUAACUGUAUUGUUCAAGGGCAGAACGACAGAUUUUUACAGCUCAGGGAUUCAGCUCAGGGAUUCAAUCUUGCAACCUUCUGGUUACUAGUCCAACACUCUAACCACUAGGCUACCUGCCUCUAACCACUAGGCUACCUGUACAUGAGUCCUCAGAUUUCCUGUCAGUCUUUGUUGUUGUUGUAGACUGGGCCAGUUGAUUGUUUAUUGGAUAGGACAGAGAGGUAAAGGUAGGAAUGUUGAAAGAUAAAUUGGAUGGUUCUGAACGCCUGCUGGUACUGGACUAUCCCAGACCACUGAUUUCUUGUCAAUGUUUGACGAAUCUUUGACGUGUCUUUCACCCGUCCCUUGGACUGUUCUGUCUUGAGGAGAAUGUGCUACAUAUUUUUAUUCUCUGUGUUUUCUAACAGUAUUUGUUAUGUAUCCAUUCUGCUGUGUGCUUCAAUAUUUAGGUAAGAAUUUAGCAGCAACACAAAAUACAUGUGUAUGAAUGUAUCAUUUGAUUAUAACAUUUUCCAAAUAAAGUGUGAUUAAAAGAG